AUGGUUUUGAAUACAAAUCCUGCUAAUGCGACCCGUACAACUACCACGUCGGGUAAUUCUAACCCUAGUACUGAAGGUUUUAGUCCUUUCACACUUGAUUCCUCCCAUGUUUUCUAUGUCCACCCAUCUGAUAGUCCUGGUUGCCAACUUGUGGCUGUUCCUUUCAAUGGUUGUGGUUUCGUUACCUGGAGAAGUAGUAUACUAACCUCCUUAUCAGCUAAGAACAAACUAGGGCUUAUUGAUGGUAGAAAUGAUAAACCAGCAGUUGAUUCUCCAUUUUUUCCUUAUUGGGAAAGAUGUAAUGACAUGGUGAAAGCUUGGAUAACCAACUCUGUGUCUAGGGAGAUAGCUACUAGUGUAGUGUGUAUGAAAACUGCUAAGGAAGUCUGGGAGGACAUUAAUCAAAGAUUUGGAAACUCUAAUAGUUCUAAAUACAUUCAGAUUCAGAGAGAGAUUGCCUCCACAAGUCAAGGCUCCUCUGAUAUAGCUACUUAUUUCACUAAGCUUAGAAACUUGUGGGAUGAACUUAAUGGUGCUUAUGUUGGACCAACAUGCACAUGUGUAGCUUUACCCAAAUUCAUUCAGGACCAGCAGCUUUUUCAAUUCCUAAGUGGUCUGAAUGAUUCACACUCCACAGUCAAGAGUAACAUCUUAAUGAUGCAUCCACUUCCUUCCAUAAGUAAAUCAUACUCCCUCCUACAGCAAGAUGAGAGUCAAAGAGAAAUUCUUCCUUCUAAUUCAAGUUUCUCAAGUGACUCCGCUGCUUUUUUAUGUUCUGGACCUUACAACAAUCCCAACAAGCUCACUCAGAAGGUCAAUUUUGAAUCAAGAAGAGGUGUAGUUCCUAAUGGACCUAAUGGUUCUGACGCGAGAAGGGGGCAUGGUGCAACUACUGGUCAACCUGGUGGUCUUUAUUGUAAGUACUGCAAAAAGACCAAUCAUACCAUUGAGAAAUGCUAUAAGUUGCAUGGGUCUGAUUUCAAGUUCACAAAACCCAGAAAGUUAGCAUCUUGUGUCCAAACUGAGGUCCCUCUAGUUGAUCCUACUCUCCCAUCUGUUCCAAAAAGUAUUCCAGCCGCAGCUCAUGGUUUUUCUCCUGAGCAACUUCAACAACUUCAGGCCAUGUUUCAUCAGGCUCACUUGUCAUCUACUGGUUAUGGUUCUGGUCAUAUUUCCUCACAGGAAUCAGGUUUUGCUCAUUUUGCAAGUUUGUUUACUGCAUAUGCUGUAAAUUCUGUAGGAUCCCAUGUAUGUGCAACUUCACAACUAGGACUUACUCCUUGGAUCCUAGACUCCGGGGCAACUAACCAUAUGACCCCCCACAAACAUUUACUCCACAACAUCUCACCAUUACCUAAACCUUUUCUUGUCACUCUUCCAAAUGGAUACAAGGUUAAGGUUAUAUCAACUGGAUCCUUGCAUCUCAGAAACGACAUAGUUUUAUUAAAUGUUCUCUUAGUUCCUUCUUUUCACUUCAACUUAAUUUCUUUACAUCAACUCAUUUCUCAGCUGAACUGUGUAGCUGUGCUUACUAAACAUCAUUGCUUAUUACAGGGCCCUUCUCAGAAGAGGCCAAUGGUAAUUGGUAAGGUUGUUGGGAGGCUCUACUACUUGCAUCCUGAUGCUGCUCUUUUUCCAUCCUCCACCAGUUCAUCACAAGUUUUUUCCUCAAAUGUUUGUAAUAUUGUUCCUUCUGAUUCUUCUAUUUCUGCUUGCUUCCCUGAUAAUUCCAACAAGCAAUUCAACUUUGUAAAUAGUCCUAAGAAUUUCCCUGCUACUUGUGCUCAAAGUUCUACUUGUAAUCAAGCUUCUGCUGUGAAUAAAAUGGACAUCUUUUGGCAUCAACGACUUGGCCAUAUGCCUUUUCACAAAAUGGCUUCUAUCCCUUUCCUAUCAAAUAAAGUUUCUUCGACACAAACUUUUUGUCUGUCCAGUUUUCCCUAUGGCUAG